AUGACUUCUAUGUCGCCGGCUUCCUCUACCGACCGGGUCGACCACGGCUCUCCAAACAGAGACGCCAUCUCGCCCAGGUUGACGGCAUCGCCCAAGAAUGUCGCAUUCGAACUCUUGUUCGUCGAUGCUCCCCAGUACCGCGCGCGCCUCCCUAUGCGUGUGCAGAUCUACCCCCAUGACACCACCGACUCGAUAGUCACCACGGUCAAGAAUUUCUACGGUCUGUACUCGGGCCCCACCGGCUCCAAGGGCGUCAGCUUCGAGGACAAGGACGGCAACACCCUCAUCGCCCGCUACGAAAACUUUACGAACCAGAUGGUCGUCUACGUCAGGGUCUUUGAGGAGUACCCUGCCGAGCCCGUCGCCUACGGCGGUGGUCACCACCAUCACCAGGCCCACCACAACGGUCAGGGCUACGCCGCCUCGGCACCCGGUGGCAGCCAGGCCUACCACCACGCCGGCGGCGCCUACUCGCCUACCGGCGCCGUACAUCAGAGCCCCAAUGACGUCUCCCGCCCCGCGUCGAGGACGUCGCGCCAUCGCAGUCGCUCCCCCGGCUCGUCCAGGGGCGACUCGGCCGGCCCCGGCCCCAAGCGCCGCUCCCGCUCCGUCAAGGACAGCUUUGACCACAUGGCCGGCGGCUACAGCAGCGACGAGGGCGCCCCCAGCACCUCGUCGGCCCGGCUCAAGGACCACCUCGGCAACACGGAUAUCAGCGUCGACAACAUUGUCGAGGGUGGCCGUCGCAAGAGAGCCAAGUUUGAAAGCUCGGAACUGCCCCUCUUCGCCCCGCCCCAGAUGCCCGCCGCCACGUCGAACCCGUCAGUGUCGCCCGCCCGCCGCAUCGACCACCACCGGCCGUCGCCGGGCUUUGCGCACCCCGGCCACAACCCCUUCACAAACCCGCGCCCGAUGCACUCGUCGUCUCACGGGUACAGCAGCAGCAUGCACGGUCAUCACCACAUGUACACGCCGCACCACGGCCGUUCGCGCAGCAGCGCCGGCAUCGUCGGCCUGCCCGGCAGCGCCGACAUCCUGCCCACGCCCGACCCCACGGUCGGCAGCUGCGUCUCCGAGGAGGACAAGGACGUGGCCCUGCAGCUGAUGCGCCUGGGCGACAUGUCCAACGUCUCGCACGGCCGCACGUCGGCCUCGACUCUGGACGACGCCCUGAGCGGGAAGGCAGAGGUGGCAUCGUCUACGGGUGCCACCAGCGACGGCGAGAGCGACGGCGGCGACGGCGACGUCGACGACGACGACGACGACUACGGCGCCGCCCCCCCGCCCGCGCGUCGCCAGAAACUCACGGACGGCUCCGGCCCCGGCUCCGGCGCCACGCGCACGCCCGAGGGUCGCUCGGCCCUGCCCACCUCGUCCACAUUCGGCGCACCCGACCCUGCGCGGCCUGCCCCCAAGAGCAGCAGCAAGGGCACGUCCUCAACAUCGGCAAAGGUCAGGUCAUUGCACCCCAAGACGAAGACGUCUGCCGCGACGGCGACGGCGGCGAAGAGCUCGUCGUCCUCCAACAGGGGGGGCGGCGGUGCGGCGCAGCGCCAGCCGUCCGGCGGGCCGAAGAAGCAGCAGCUGCCGACGACGCCGGCUGGCGGACGGCCCAUGUCCCCCGCGUCCGGUCCCCCGUCGCGCAAGCACUCGACGACGUCGGCCAGCCCGGCCGUGAUGAUGGUGCGCGGGUCGGCGGCCGGGUCAGCGAGCGGCGCGGCGGGCGCGGCGGAAGACGACCAGCCCGACCUGUCGACCAAGCCGCGGUGUCAGCGUUGCCGGAAGAGCAAGAAGGGAUGCGACAGGCAGAGGCCAUGCGGAAGGUGCCGCGACGCCGGGCUGUCGGCGGAGCAGUGCAUCAGCGAGGACGAGGGUAACGGUCGCAAGGGGCGUUACGGUCGCCACAUGGGCGUUCCCAUCAAGAAGGAGGACGGCGGUGUAGGCGCACCCCCGACGUCUUCCGUUCACCCUGGUGCCGGCGCCGGCGCCGGGGUCGGUGCUGUGCACCCCGGCGCUGUGCACGGCAUGGCCGGCAUGCCUGGCAUGUCU